CCGUCGCUCCCUCCCUCCCUCCUCCUUUCCCCAGCACGGGAUUGUGGGAGGAAGCGGAGCGGAGCGCAGACAGACGCCCAGCGAACAUGGCUGCACCAUGAGCCGCCUCCCAGAGGCUCGCCACCGCCGCCGCUGCCUCCUCCUCCAGCCGCCCCAGCGCUAGCGCCAGCCCGCGGCUUGAGCCGAGGCCGAGCGGGGCAGCGCGGCGGCCGAGGGGGGGAGGCGGAGGAGGCGGCGAAGGAGGGAUCCCCUCCCUCCCCGAUCUCCUCCCCGAUUCCCCCCCCGCGACCGACGCCGUGGGGGGAGGCGCAGGGGGGCCCCAGACCGAGCGGAGAGACGGACCGACGGACCGCGGCCGGCCCCAGGCGCCCGCUCCCCGGCGCCCCCUCCCCAUGGAUAGGAACUACCCCAGCGCCGGCUUCGGGGAUCCGCUGGGCGCCGGCCCGGGAUGGAGCUACGAGCGCUCGGCCAAGGCCAGCUUGGUGUACGGCGGAUCCCGGAGCUCACACCCAGACACAGAUAUCUUACACCGUCAAGCGUACGCCACCCCCCAUCCUUUACAGGGCUACGCCACAAACCACCACCCGGCAGGUCUUUCUGGCCUGUUCGAGACAGGACUUCAUCAUGCCAGCAGUGCCACCCCAGAUGCCUCUGUCAUGAACCUCAUCUCGGCGCUGGAGUCCCGGGCACCACAGCCAGGCCCUUCUGCUUCCUCCCUGCUCUCCCAGUUCCGCACCCCGUCCUGGCAAACAGCCAUGCACACUCCAGCACCUGCCGAGCUCUUCAUCUCUGGGGCUCUUCCAGGCUCUGGCACCUUCCCCUCCUCCUCGGCGCUCUCUGCUUACCAGCACCCAGCCUCCUUCAGUGGGCGCAGCUUCCCAGUCACUUCCUCGCUCACCCUGCAGGAUGCUACCUUCAGUCCCACCUCCAACGGCCUCCUGUCUCCACAUGACCCUUUGCUUCACAUCAAGUCCUCCCAACCCAGCGUCCCUUCAUCUCUUAGUUUUGACCGGCUGGGCAGCGCGGUGCUGGGCACAGGCUUGCCCUCGCAAAGCUCGGCUUACCGGAGUGCUCAAGAAUCAGCUUCCCGCCACCUCCCCUCGCAGUUCAACCUUCUCUCAUCCUCGCUGGGGCCAUCAGACCAGACAUCUCAGCUUUACAACACCUCUGUCUUCUCCAGUUCACCUGCCUCUUCCAUCGAGCGAGCCAUCCCUCGGCAAGACAGCGUGAUCAAGCAUUACCAGAGGCCUUCCAGUGCCCAGCCACAGCUGCCGGCUGCCCAUUCUCUCCAGCACUACCUAAGCUGCGGGGGCAGCUACCAGCAGAUGUCCCAUCGCUCCAGUCUCUCCUGCAGCCCCCUGGGUGAGCAGUCCCCUGCCAGCAGCGAAGGGUCCCAGCAGCAAAAGACUCCGCAGGCCACACGACAGGAGCCCUCGCAGAGCUACCGUCCCAUCAUCCAGUCCCCAGGCUACUCAGGGACGGCUUCUUCGUCAAAAUCCAAGAGCUACUCAGCCUCCCGCCAGCCACCCCGCUCCACAGCCACGCCCAAGUGCCAAAGCAACUACAGUUCGUCCACUCCCAAGCCCAGCUCAGUCAUCGCAAGCCAGUCGCAAGCCUAUUCGCCUGGUCAGCCCCAGAGCCUGCUCUCCAUGAGCCAAACACAGAGUUACUCCGUCAGCCAGUCACAAAAUCUCUCUUCGGUCAGCCAGGCCUCUCAAGGCUUCAGCAGCAACCAGGCCCAAGACCUCACAAGCGUGAGCAAGGCUCAGAGCUACUCAACCAGUGGGCAGGCCCAGCAGGGGCAGGCCGGGCAGGCCGGGCAAGGGCUGCAGACCUGUCAGAAUCAAACCUACUCGCCCGAGCAGCUGCAAGGCCUGUCAUCGGUCGGUUACACGGUCCAGGCGGAGCCUCACGUCUCUGUUAGUCAGACACCCAGUUACGUCCCCGCACACUCGCAGGGGAUGCCCACAGCCAGCCCGUCACUGAGUUACAGCACCGGCCACUCACCAGCCAUGCCUGGGCACAGCCAGUCCAUUGGCUACACACACAGCCAGAACCUCCCCGACUCAAGCCCUUCCCAGAUCAUCCGGCCUCUCCAGUCGCCCACCACAAACCGGCCUCAGAGUGUGGCCUCACCUGGGCAGUCUCAGAAGUACCUCACAUCCGUGCUGUCUCCUUCAUUCAUGCAGACAGCACACACCCAGAGCUACCAGAGUUCCCAAGGGGGCUUGGAGAGGGCAGCGUCGUAUGGAAAGGCCAAGGCCGACUCAGACCUGCUGUCCUCAGAGCGGACGGAAGAUGAGGAGUUCUUGAUUCAGCACCUGCUGCAGUCGCAAAGCCCUCCCCGGGUGCCCACUGAAGGCAUGGUGGAGUGUGAGGAGAGGGCUGGGAAAGGGAUGGCGUACGAGUUGAGUAAGACAGAGGAGCGCUACCACUUGCAGAGUGUCAUCCGAACCAACUCCAACCUGGACAACCAGGGCCUGGAGAUGUCCCUGCAGAGCCUGAAGGACAAGAAGAAAGGGGAGAGGCCCAAGGAGUACCCGCACACCCGCUCAACGCCUGAGUCUUUGGCUACUUCGGUGGUCCAUUACAGCCAUCAGGCUGGCUCCAUGGACUCCUAUGGGCAAGACAUGAAGAAGUCGGUGGAGCAGCACCUCCAGGGCGGCCACAUGGAUGCUGGUGGCAAGGAGAUUGCGCAAGCUCACUCCUAUCUGCAGAAGACUCCAGAGCAUGCCCCCCAGCCUCACCCGCUGGAGCCCCAUGGACUGAUGCCUGGACAGCAGGGGGCCACACUGAUGCUGGACUCUCCUCCUGACUUGCCCCCCCUCUCCCUUUCCCAGCAGCAGCAGCAGCAGCAGCAAUCCCAGCUGCUCCAGUCAGUGCUGACACACACCCAGAGUCAGCUGCACUCUCGCGGGAAGGUCCGCACCCCUCUGGACGUCCACUUGAUGGAGCCACAGCGCAUGCAUCCGGCCGAGGCACCCUCCCCCCAGCUUCAGAUGCAGGCCUUGGAGGCUCACCUACACCAGGCCCACGUGCGCUCCCAGAGCAUGGAGGCACAGCUCCUUGAACCCCAGCAGUCCCCCCAGCUCCAGGGACAGCUGCAGCAGGAACGAAUGCAGUCUGAGGGCAUGGAGGUGAUGCCCCAGGGCAAUCUCUCCCAGUCGCAAGAGAUCCAGGACUUCUUGGAACCGGAGCUGAGCUUGGAGUCCCACCUGGGGCAGAGUGGGGCAGUGCAGAGUCAGCAGCACCUUCUCCCUGAUGCCAGCCUGGAUCCUGACUCCUCGCAGCAAGUACCCCAAGGCCAGCUGGAGGGCAAGGACCAGUUUGAGAGCCCUAGCCCACAAGGGGCCAAGCAGCGCUUUGUCCCUCUCACCUCCAUCUGCUUUCCGGACUCAUUAUUGCAAGAUGAAGACCGCAGCUUCUUUCCAGGCAUGGAGGACAUGUUUGGUCCACCUCCCUGUGCUGGAGAUGAAUUCCCUAAGCCAGAUGAUGGCACGCAAGGCAUGGAGAGGGGCGAGGGAAUGAAAGGGGGAGGCUAUGACAUGAUGCAGGGAGGACAAGGGUACCAGAGCUACUGUCCAUCAGAAAGUGGGGAUGGGCAGCACUUGGGGCUGGAUUCUGUGUCCGUGAAGCACGAGUUGCCAUCAACAGUCAAUACAGAGCAGCUGGGACUGAUCCAGUCUGGCCAGCAUGGGACGGCUCCAGUUUCAGAGUCUAAAUCGGGCCUGACGUCACCAAUCUUCUGCUCCUCCAAGCCCAAAAAGCUGCUGAAGACCUCUUCCUUUCAUUUGCUCAAGAAGAGGGAGCCACCGUUCCAGCCACCCAAGAAGAACUACGCACAGGAGUAUGAGUUCGAAGACGAUGAGGACAAGGAGGACGUCCCAGCCGACAUCCGCCUCAACAGCCGCCGCCUGCCUGAUCUGCUCCCUGACCUCAUUUCCAGCUGCCGGACCAACCGGACCAGCCUCAGCCCCAUGGGUGACAUAGACUUUUGUCCGCCCAACAGUGGUCUCAUGGAGGGGCCCAAGCGACGGGGCCGUAAGCCCACCAAGCCCAAGCGAGAGGGCCCACCCCGCCCCCGGGGAAGGCCCCGCAUCCGGCCCCUGACUGAACCGCCCCACGGCGUGGCUCAUGACGGCACCAAGAAACCCCGUGGCCGGGGGAGAGGGAGGGGCAAGAAAGCCGGGGAGGAGGGGGUUGAACCAGGAGCAGGCUUGGAGUCCCUCAAACCACUGAAGGUAAGCUGGGAGUGCAAGGAGAACCAGUGGAACACUGCCAACAAAUACAACAUGCAGAUUGGGAGGAUGACCUUCCAUUCUGCAUUCCUGCUAGUUAACCCCUCCACCCUCCUGCAUUCCCCCCCACCUGCAGAUGUGCCGCCAGUGGAGGAGAAGCCCCCCAGUCCGGCUCCCUCGGUGGAGGCUGAACCUCAGCCAGAGCUGCCCCCACCACCCAUCUCCCCAGCUCCCUCACCCAAGGAGGCACCACCUGUCCCUGAAGAGCCACCAGCCCAGGCAUCCCCCGAGCCUGAGGAUCCUGAGGACACGCGGCCCCUUCAUCUCGCCAAGAAGCAGGAGACGGCAGCCAUAUGUGGGGAGACGGAUGAAGAGGAGGUGGAAAGCGGCGGGGAGGGAAUCUUCCGAGAGCGUGAUGAGUUUGUCAUACGUGUUGAGGAUGUCCAGGCCCUCAAGCUGGCCCUUCAGACUGGGCGGGAGCCACCCCCGAUCUGGCGGGUUCAGAAAGCUUUGCUUCAGAAGUUCACUCCUGAAAUCAAGGACGGGCAGCGUCAGUUUUGUGCUACCAGCAAUUAUCUAGGGUAUUUUGGUGAUGCUAAGAACCGGUACCAGCGACUCUAUGUUAAGUUCUUGGAGAAUAUCAACAAGAAAGAUUACGUGCGUGUCUGUUCCAAGAAGCCCUGGCACCGGCCCCUACAAGCAGUCAGGAGACAGAGCCAGCCCAAAGCCUCUGGCCCUAAGGUUCCAGUGACACCAAAAGUCGAGAAACCUGAGAAGCUGGAGGUGCCAGAGAAGGCUGAGAAACUGGACAAGCCACCCAAGGCCGAGAAGCCCCCGAAGGCUGAGAAGACAGAGAAGACGGAGAAGCCCCCCAAGCCUGAAAAAGGGCCUAAGCCAGAAAAGCCCCCCAAGCUCGAGAAGUCUGAAAAGCCCCCCAAAGCAGAAAAACUGACCAAGGCAGAGAAGCUCCCCAAAGUGGAGAAAACGGACCCCCCUGCGCCCACUGUGGCAAAAGCUGCCCCAGCUGGUGGAACUUCAAAACCCAAACCUAAGCCAGCCAAGGUCAAAGCUGAGCCGCCUCCCAAGAAGAGGAAAAAAUGGCUCAAGGAGGCAGCCUCCUCUUCUGACUCUGAUUCGAGCCCUGACCAGCAGAGCGAGGAGGAACGAGUGCCGACGGGCCGUAUUCUCAACACACGAGCCAUGAAGGAGAUGUACCGUAGCUAUGUGGAAAUGUUGGUCAGCACUGCCCUUGACCCGGACAUGAUCCAAGCUCUUGAGGAUACAAACGAUGAACUUUAUCUCCCUCCCAUGAGAAAGAUUGAUGGGAUACUGAACGAUCACAAGAAAAAGGUGCUGAAGAGAGUGUCUCUUACUCCAUCACUACAGGAGGCGCUCCACAUGUUCCCCCAACUCCAUGCUGAGACAUGCGACACCACAGUUAAGCUGCGCCCAGGUGGUGAACCUUACAACCGCAAGACACUCAACAAACUCAAGAAGAAUGUAUCCAAACCGCAGGAAUUCAGUGUGGAAGUGGAGAAGUCUUUUUUCUACACUCUAUACCAUUCCCUUCACCACUACAAGUACCACACCUUUCUGCGUUGUAAGGAUGAGACGACGGCGAUUGAGGGUCAAGACGAGGACCUGGGCCAGGAGGAGGUGGUGCAGCAGUGCAUGCGCAACCAGCCAUGGCUAGAGAAACUGUUUGACUCCUUCAGCGAGUUGCUGACUCAGGCGCAAAGCAAAUGCGCGUGACGCAGCCGCCAGAGCCACGCCCCAGGAGGGGCUGCCUAAUGCCCGCCCCUCUGCAAAGCCAGAGCAGGAAGUGGGGAGAGGAAGGUCGAGGGGUACCAUUACAGGCAACGAGUUCAGACUCAGCUCACCACCCCCUCCCUUUUUGUUUUAUGUUUUUAAAAUUUUUAAAACAGGACUUGGGAUGGGCCUCCUAUUUUGGUGGUGGGAUGCAGGAGGUUUGUGAUGGCAAAGAGGACACGUUGAGGAGGGUUCUUAUCAAAUAUUGGAUGGUUGGACAACCCCUUUCCCUUUUGCCCUGGCUGUACAGAGAAAUAUUAUUUAUAUAUAAAUGUAUAAAUGUCUAAUUGAGCAGCCUUGCCCCCUGCUCUGGUGGGGCAAGAGUAGGAGAACCCAUAGGAAGGUCAGAGGUGUGGUGGUGUGUGGUUUAGAGCUGGGAAGCAGGGAUUCAGAACUCCUUGGUUCCUCCCAGGGUCCAGGUGGGUUGGCAGCAUGAGAAUGAUACAAGCAGAAGGAUCCAGGUUCCUGGGUUCUCUCCUGCAUCUCUUCCAUCAAGAACCUGUACUUCUCCUUAGGGAGAGUUGAGUAUUGUGUGUGGGGAUGGUGCAUUGGCCACCCUUUAUAUAGCGUCGAGCUCCUAUCAUCCACGGUCUGAUCAGGCAAUACGACCCCAUGUCCCCUCCCUGCCCUCAAACACGUCUGUCCCCACCCCUGCCAAAUCGCUGUUUUGCGUGGAGUGCGGGGGAGGCACCCGCUCGUGCACGAGCAGCGAUCCUGCCUGUGCUUGCUUCCAACAGGAAUAUUUAUUGCCAAGUUCCUCCUCCUCCCCGACCACAGCUUGUUGCAGAGCACGCUCUCUCUGGAGCUUCCGUCUUUUUCUCCUGUCUUUUUGUGGGGCGAUUGCUGCUGCUGGUUCUGCCGCGAGCCACUUUUUUUCCCCUCUGCUGUUGGGUUUGGGAUUCUAGCUCUUUUGGACAUGUGGAGCAUCUCCCCGCCUUUCCCAGUAUCCCUUCUGAUGAGAUAACAGUAAUGGGUUGGGGGAGCUUAGUGAAACCCAGAGCAGCCUGCCUGUACCAAGACUUCCUAAAUUCCCCUCACCCUUUUUCUAGACUUCUCAACUGGCCCCACGAGGAUCAUGGGAGGGUGCAGUAGAGGGUUGCAGAUACAUCCCUCUGUGCCUGUUAGAUCUGAGCUCCUUUGAGGGAGGGGUAAUUAUUUUUAUUUUCCCCCCACUCCUCCCUGUUGCGGUGUUUGACAAGGCAGGUUUCUGCUCCUCCUCCUCCCAGCUGUACAUACUGUAUAGGAUAAAAAAAGUCUAUGUAUCAUAUUGUAUUUGACUAACUUGAACUUAACGAUGCGCAGAAGUCUCUCUCUUUCUCUCUCCUCACCUGUAGCUGUGACGUUCUUUGGUUUGGACUGAAACUUUAAUUAGGAGGUUGUUAAUUUUUUAUCAUUGUUGUUGUUGUUAUUGAGGGGGAAGGGAGAUUCUGUGUCCCCACCCCGAGCCUCCUAAGCAAAGAUCCUUCUCUAACCCUGAGCUGAAAUGCUAAAAUAAACUCUGUUUAGAUAGAGGAUUAGGUCCUAGCCCUGGCCACCCACUCUUCAUUUCACAGGUCACAGGUGUCCCUCUCUCCACAGCAUUCAGCCACAUCAAAUCUUGUAUUUUUCUUUUCAGAAAUUUCCUAGUGGCCUCUCACACAUGAAUUAACUGGUCCUCCUCAGCAUUUCACACCCCUCACCCCACAAGCUUCCUGGUGACAUCCCAAAUUGAUCCCAUACCUGAACAUAGAUUCUUCAGCACCAGAUUCCCAUCUCCCAGCCAAUGUCUACCUCAUUCUUGUUCCCAACAUUCUCUUUUUCUUCAUGAUACUCAUCCAAUUUCUUUGUGCCAGCACAAUCCCAUGCCCUCCAAUUUCAUUUCUUCUGUCUUUCAUUCCCCCUCCAGCUUGUUUGUUUCCCUUAUAUGUUCUUUCCAAGUUCCCAAACACUUGCCCUUCUAGGUUUCCAAAUACUUGGUCUUUUGCCUUCCCAAAAAUUUCCUCAUCAAAUCAAGUUUCGAAAUCAGUAAGGCAGGUGAAAAAUUCCCGGUACCCUUUUUGGGGUUUUUUUUUUUUAAUUGACUGUUGUUGGGGAGGAGGGAGGUAUGAAAAGGUACUUUGGGUGGGUGGGUCAGGGAAAUAAAUCCCACCUCCAAAGAGGUGGCCUCUUUGCCCUAGCAGAAUGACUUCGGACAAGUCCUUGAAGAGCACAGAAAUGUGUUUGGGGGCCCACCUGGGUGUUUAGGUCAGGUGAGAGUCCCUUAUGUAUACACAGUUCCCCAUGUCCCUUUGGGUCCUGCCCCUUCCCCCAUUAUUUAUUGUGGAUGAGUAGAGGUUGGCAGGUGUGCAUGUGAGUAUGUGUGUGGGGUGGGUGGAAUAUGGGGUACAAGAUCUCCAUUCAAAUUAGAGUGCUUUUAAGGGGGAAGAGGGUUGACUUGGCUUCCUUUUGGAUAUUGUAAAGCUUGCAGUUCACUUCUUGACAGCUUUCCCUAGCAAACCUGGUUACUGAUAGCUGUUGGACUUUAGAGGUGAGAGAUUGUAGCUUGAACCUGUGUGUGGAAGUGGGGUUAGUUGAACAUGGUUUUGGUGUAAUGAGGGAAUUGGGCGGGGGGGGGAGUAUUUCCCAGUACAGGUUAACGUUCGAGGGACAUGGAGUUAGGAUACUUCCUGGGACAACAGACUCCCACCCUGCUAAAGCACUGCCCCUGGAUGGAGGGGUAACGUGGCCAAACACUGAGCACCCAGAAUUGGAGGGGCCCAGCUCCGAGUUGAUCAACAACACACACACACACACAUGCACACACACACCCAGCUUCCUGUGACAAAAAAGACUUUUCUCUUCCUCCUCCCCCCCAUUUGGAUCUCAGAAGGCCCCCUUUUUUACGACGUGUAUUUCUGUGUAUCUUGUUCGCGCCUCAAGGGUAUUGUUCUGAGAUAUGGGAUUUGUGUUCUGUAUUAUUGGAUGUUCCUAUAUAUUUUUAUUGUUUAUUAUUAGUGUCUGAGACGUUUUUUUCUCUCAAUAUGUAAAACUCACAUUGUAUACUGUGUACACAACAAAAUGACAAAAAACACUUUUCUUUGCAAAAAUCAAAUGCCUGGCGCACAGCUUUGUUCAUUGCGUUAUGGGUUGGGGUGCAGUGGUAAGCAGGUAAAAGUUGGUUCAAGUUGGUUCAUUGGCAGGCUGGGGUCUGGACAGAGACGAGAAGUCCCAGGAACCCUCUGGCUUCCACUCCUAGAUCCUGUUUAUCCCUACAUAGAGAGGCCUGCCAUUGUAGCUAUUGGCCCUAACACCUUGCUACUUCUGACUCAUUUGUUAAUCUGCUUGAAGAACUCACGAUCCCUGGUUUGAAGUCUUCCUCCUGGGCAACUCUAAAAGGCAACUGAGACACUGGAACAUCAUUCCUGGCUCUAGAUGAGAAGGGAAAUCAUUUCCCUGCAUUAUUCAGUAUUCUUUCCUAUUGAAGCAAAGAUCAUUCAAAUCACAAGAAUAAAGGCAGACCUUACCUGCUUCA